CGCAAACCAUUGGGUCUAUAUAUCCGGGUCUGGGAACUGCAGUGUUAAUGCCCCAGGUGCUGCCAGCUGGAUUCUAUGAUUGGCAUUUCCUGCAAUGUUAUCACUGGUGUUUCUGUGUGCCCGGAAGGUAGUGUCAGAUCAUGCAUCAACUCGUCGGUCCUUGGAGUUUGUCCCCAAAGAGCUUUAUCCUGUGCUGUUUAAAGCUGCAUUUAUUGACGAGAAGACCUUGGUGCUCCAGGACUUGGUUCAGAACUGGCCAUUUUCUGUGCUUUGUUUCCAGAAACUGCUGUUUACUGAUAGACCCAGAAAUUCAGCCCUGCUCAAGGAGAAGCCCAGCAAGUUGUGUGUGCAGACAGUGAUACUGGGGGUCAUGGCCUACCUCAAUGAGGCUUUGGCUAAGGAAGGAAAAUCUAAUAGGAAACGGCAACUGCGCCUGCUGGAUAUGACUGGCAUACAGGAUGACGGGUUGGAACAGGACGCUGACACAAUGAGUCUGUGGUCUCGUACAGUGACAUUGGCCAAAGCUUGCAUUGACAUAUCUAGGCGGCACUGUGAGGAAGUUGUACAGAUUUCAAAACGUAGAAGAGGAUACAGUGCCACAACUCUGGCUUUGCCAGUUCCUUGCAGUUCUAUAUUUGUAGAGGUGCGAGUUGAUCUGUUUGUAAAUAGCACAUCCUAUGGAGUGUUGCGAGAAGCAUUGAAUGUGAGUACAAGUAGCCCACUGCGCCUUCUGUGCAGGGAUUUCCGGGCUGAGGAACUCUCUCUUCGAAGCACUACAGGUCUUCUUGAAUUACUGAACACGACUGGCGUGAGGCAGAUUGACCUGAGAUUCAACAACCUUGGACUUUCUGGUCUUAAUAUUCUCCUUCCACUCAUGACCAAGUUUUCCAACCUGCAGAGCCUUAAGUUGCCUUAUAGUAAUGUCGAUGUUAGGCGUUUGUCACCUGCAAUGGAAGAAGAGCUUCAGAAUUUUGCUUCUCAACUUGGGCAACUUUCUGCUCUGAAGGAGCUGAAUCUGGGCUCUUCACGGCUCUCAGGCAGGUUACGCCAACUGCUUGG